AUGUCUCCACUUCUGAGAAGCAUCUUUAAUAUCACUAAGAUUUUCAAUCAAUAUGCCUCACAUGAUUGUGAUGGGACAACACUAAGCAAGAAAGACCUGAAGAAUCUGCUUGAGAGGGAAUUUGGAGAUAUCCUUCGGAGACCACACGACCCAGAAACGGUAGACCUGGUCCUGGAACUUCAAGAUCGCGACCGUGACGGGCUAAUCGAUUUCCAUGAAUUCCUCGCGAUCGUUUUCAAAGUGGCUGCAGCUUGUUAUUACGCUCUCGGCCAGGCCUCGGGGCUAAAUGAGAAGGAAGCCAAGCGUGAGGGAAAGGGAAACCCGUUACAAGAUCGCAGGAGGGAAGACCAAAGGAGAUUCGAGCCCCAGGACAGACAACUAGAAGAACGCAGGCUGAAGAGGCAGGAACUGGAGGAGCUCGCGGAGGAAGAGGAGCUGAGGGAGAAGCAAGAAAGACUCGAGCAGAGGCUGCAAAGGCGAGAACAAGAAGAGUGUGGUGAGGAAGAGCUGCAGCAAAGGCCCAAGGGUCGGGAGCCGGAGGAGCUUCUGAACCGAGAGCAAAGGCUCGAGAGGCAGGAGCAACGGGAGCGACAGCGCCUCCAGGUGGAACAGCAACAGUGGCAAAGAGGAGAGCUGCGCGAGCGCCAGGAAGAAGAGCAGCUCCAAAGGCGGGAGACUCAGGAGCUCAAGAGGGAGCGUCUGCAGGAAGAGCUGCAGCUGCAAAGGCAGAGGCGCGAGCGCGAGGAGCGGCUCUUGGAGCAGGAGAGGCGGGAGCAGGAGCUGCAGCGCAAGGAGCAGCAGCUAAGGCGCGAGCAGGACGAGGCGACGCAGGAAGAGAUCAGUGAGCGGGGCGAGAGCCGCACCUCGAGAUGUCAGUGGCAGCUAGAAAGUGAGGCCGACGCCCGUCAGUGCAAAGUCUACUCCAGGCCCCGCAGGCAAGAGCAGCAGAGGCGCCGCCAGGAGCAGGAGCUGCUCGAGAGGCAGCAGGAGCAGCAAACCCGCGAGGAGGUGCAGAGCCUUCAAGAAGACCAGGAGAGGCAACGACGCAAGGAAGAGCAGCACUACGACCAAAACUGGAGGUGGCAACUAGAGGAGGAAAGCCAGAGACGCCGCUACACACUGUACGCCAAGCCAGCUCAACGGGAGCAGGUGAGAGAGGAAGGGCAGCUGCGGCUUGAAGAGGAGCCGCUGCAGCGGGAGAAGAGGCGCCAGGAGCGAGAAAGGCAGUAUCGGGAAGUGGAGCUGCAGCGGGAGGAAGAGCGACAACAGCGGGAGGAGCAGCAGCUGCAGAGAGAGGAACGCGAGAAGAGGCGCCAGGAGCGCGAGAAGCAAUAUCUAGAGAAAGUGGAGCUGCGGGAGGAGGAGCAGCUGCAGAGAGAGGAACGCGAGAAGAGGCGCCAGGAGCACGAGAAGCAGUAUCUAGAGAAAGUGGAGCUGCAGAGAGAGGAGCAGCUCCAGAGAGAGGAACGGGAGAAGAGGCGCCAGGAGCGCGAGAAGCAAUAUCUAGAGAAAGUGGAGCUGCGGGAGGAGGAGCAGCUGCAGAGAGAGGAACGCGAGAAGAGGCGCCAGGAGCGCGAGAAGCAAUAUCGAGAGAAAGUGGAGCUGCGGGAGGAGGAGCAGCUGCAGAGAGAGGAACGCGAGAAGCAAUAUCUAGAAAAAGUGGAUCUGCAGGAAGAGGAGCUGUUGCAGAGAGAGGAACGCGAGAAGAGGCGCCAGGAGCGUGAGAGGCAGUAUCUCGAGAAGGAGGAGCUGCAGCGGCAGGAAGAGCGACUGCAGAGAGAGGAACGCGAGAAGCGGCUUCAGGGACGCGAAAGACAGUAUCUAGAGAAGGUGGAGCUGCAGAGGGAAGAGGAGCAGCUGCAGAGAGAGAAGAGGCGCCAAGAGCGGGAAAGACAAUAUCGGGAAGAGGAGCUGCUGCGGGAGGAGGAGCGACUGCAGAGAGAGGAGCAGCAGCUGCAGAGAGAGGAAUGUGAGAAGAGGAGGCGCCAGGAGCUCGAGAGACAGCUAGAGAAGGAGGAGCUGCAGCGCCUGGACAGGAAGAGGCAACUGGGGGAUGAGGAUCUGCUCCAAAAUGAAGUUCGUGAUAACAGGGUUUACUCCAAACACCGAGAGAACAAAGAAAAGAGCCGGCAACUGGAUGAUUCCUGGGUGCGGGAGAGUCAAUUCCAGCAGGAUCGGCGGCCCCUGCAGGACGAACAAGAAGAGAAAAGAGAACGCGAGCAAGAGAGGAGCCGGCAAAAGCGUGACAGGCAAUUCCCAGCUGAACAACUGCUGGAGCGAGAGCAGCAAAAGGAAACCGAAAGGCGAGAUAGGAAAUUCCGAGAGGAAGAGCAGUUGCUGAAAGGGGAAAGAGAGGAGAAAAUACACUAUCCGGAAGAAGACAGAAAGUUCCGCGAAGAGGAACAGCAGCUGCGCCUCCUGGAACGAGAUAGAAAAUUCCGCGAAGAACAACUGAGCCGCCAGGAACGAGACAGAAAAUUCCGUGAGAAAGAGCAGCUCCUGCAGGAAAGGGAAGAACAGCUGCGCCGCCAGGAACGCGACAGAAAGUUCCGCGAAGAGGAACAGCAGCUGCGCGGCCUGGAACGCGAGCAACAGCUAGGCCAGGAACAAAAUAGAAAAUUCCGCGAAGAACAGCUCCUGCGAGAAAGGGAAGAACAGCUGCUCCUCCAGGAGCGGGAGUCGCAGCUUCGCCAGGAGCGCGACAGAAGGUUCCACGAGGAGGAACAACUCCUGAGAGAAAGAGAAGAACAGCUGCGCCGCCAGGAACGCGACAGAAAGUUCCGUGAGGAGGAACAGCUCCUGCAAGAAAGAGAAGAACUGCGCCUCCAGGAGCGCGAGCCACAACUUCGCCAGGAACGCGACAGAAAGUUCCGUGAGGAGGAACAACUCCUGCAGCAAAGAGAAGAACUGCAGCGCCGCCAGGAGCGCGAGCCACAACUUCGCCAGGAACACGACAGAAAGUUCCGUGAGGAGGAACAGCUUCUGAAAGAAAGGGAAGAACAGCUGCGCCGCCAGGAGCGCGACAGAAAGUUCCGUGAGGAGGAACAGCUCCUGCGGCAAAGAGAAGAACUGCGCCGCCAGGAGCGCGAGCCACAACUUCGCCAGGAACGCGACAGAAAGUUCCGUGAGGAGGAACAGCUCCUGAGAGAAAGGGAACAACAGCUGCGCCGCCAGGAACGCGACAGAAAGUUCCGUGAGGAGGAACAGCUCCUGCAAGAAAGAGAAGAACUGCGCCUCCAGGAGCGCGAGCCACAACUUCGCCAGGAACACGACAGAAAGUUCCGUGAGGAGGAACAGCUUCUGAAAGAAAGGGAAGAACAGCUGCGCCGCCAGGAGCGCGACAGAAAGUUCCGUGAGGAGGAACAGCUCCUGCAGGAAAGGGAAGAACAGCUGCGCCGCCAAGAGCGCGACAGAAAGUUCCAUGAGGAGGAACAGCUCCUGCAGGAAAGGGAAGAACAGCUGCGCCGCCAGGAGCGCGACAGAAAGUUCCGUGAGGAGGAACAGCUCCUGCAGGAAAGGGAAGAACAGCUGCGCCGCCAAGAGCGCGACAGAAAGUUCCAUGAGGAGGAACAGCUCCUGCAGGAAAGGGAAGAACAGCUGCGCCGCCAGGAGCGCGACAGAAAGUUCCGUGAGGAGGAACAGCUCCUGCAGGAAAGGGAAGAACAGCUGCGCCGCCAGGAGCGCGACAGAAAGUUCCGUGAGGAGGAACAGCUCCUGCGGCAAAGAGAAGAACUGCGCCGCCAGGACCGCGAGCCACAACUUCGCCAGGAACGCGACAGAAAGUUCCGUGAGGAGGAACAGCUUCUGAAAGAAAGGGAAGAACAGCUGCGCCGCCAGGAGCGCGACAGGAAGUUCCGUGAGGAAGAACACCUCCUGCGAGAAAGGGAGGAACAGCUGAGCCGCCAGGAGCGCGACAGAAAGUUCCGAGAAGAGAAACAGCUCCUCCGAGAAAGGGAAGAACAGCAGCUGCGCCGUCAGGAACUUGAGGGGGUCUUCUCCCAGGAGCAACAACUGAGGCGCGCCGAGCAAGAGGAAGAACAGAGACGUCAGAGGCAGAGAGACAGGAAAUUCCUCGAGGAAGAGCAGAGCCUCCAGCGCGAGCGAGAGGAAGAAAAGCGCCGCGUCCAGGAGCAGGACAGGAAGUUCCUCGAGCAAGAAGAGCAGCUGCACCGCGAGGAGCAGGAAGAGCUGAGGCGCCGGCAGCAGUACCGGGAGGAGGAGCAGUUUGCUAGGGAGGAGAAGAGGCGUCGUCAGGAACAAGAAUUGAGGCAAGAAGAGCAGAGACGCCGCCAGGAGCGGGAGAGGAAAUUCCGGGAGGAAGAACAGCUCCGCCGCCAGCAGCAGGAGGAGCAGAGGCGUCGCCAAGAGCGCGACGUGCAGCAGAGCCGCCGCCAAGUGUGGGAGGAAGACAAGGGCCUCCGGCAGGUCCUGGACGCUGGCAAGCGGCAGUUUGCCAGUGCCCCGGUGCGCUCCAGCCCACUCUACGAGUACAUCCAAGAGCAGAGAUCUCAGUACCGCCCUUAA